CCCUCCCGGCGCCCUCCCUUCCUCCCUUCCUGCAGCCAAUUAGACGGCCCCCUCGGGCGGGAGGCGUGGGGCGCUCAUAAAGCGGAGCGGAGCUGUCACCCCGCGAGCAGGCUGCGCACCGCCCCGGCCUGAGCCGGCGCCACAGACGCGGGUUCCCGGGGCCAAGGGAGCGCGGACGAGCCAUGGCCACUACCAACGGGACGGUGGAGAACGGGCAGCCGGACAAAAAGCCUCCUGCGCUGCCUCGCCCCGUCCGCAACCUGGAGGUCAAGUUCACCAAGAUAUUCAUCAACAAUGAAUGGCACGAAUCCAAGAGUGGAAAAAAGUUUGCCACAUACAACCCAUCGACUCUGGAGAAAAUAUGUGAAGUAGAAGAAGGAGAUAAGCCCGACGUGGACAAGGCCGUAGAAGCAGCACAGGCUGCCUUCCAGAGGGGCUCGCCCUGGCGCCGCCUGGACGCUCUGAGCCGGGGCCGGCUGCUGCACCAGCUGGCCGACCUCGUGGAGAGGGACAGGGCCAUCUUGGCGACCCUGGAGACCAUGGACACGGGGAAGCCCUUCCUUCAUGCCUUCUUCAUCGACCUGGAAGGCUGCAUCGGGACGCUGAGAUACUUUGCAGGGUGGGCGGACAAAGUGCAGGGCCGGACCAUCCCCACAGAUGACAACGUGGUGUGCUUCACCAGGCACGAGCCCAUCGGCGUGUGUGGAGCCAUCACGCCCUGGAACUUCCCUCUGCUGAUGCUGGCGUGGAAGCUGGCGCCUGCUCUCUGCUGUGGGAAUACGGUGGUGGUGAAGCCGGCAGAGCAGACACCCCUCACCGCCCUUUACCUGGGCUCUCUGAUCAAAGAGGUCGGAUUCCCUCCAGGUGUGGUGAACAUCGUGCCGGGGUUUGGGCCCACAGUGGGAGCAGCGAUUUCAUCGCACCCCCAGAUCAACAAGAUAGCCUUUACCGGUUCCACAGAGGUUGGGAAGCUGGUUAAGGAAGCUGCCUCCCGGAGCAACUUGAAGAGGGUGACACUGGAGCUCGGGGGGAAAAACCCCUGCAUUGUGUGUGCUGACGCUGACCUGGACUUGGCCGUGGAAAGCGCCCAUCAGGGAGUGUUCUUCAACCAGGGCCAGUGCUGCACGGCCGCCUCCAGGGUGUUCGUGGAAGAGCAGGUCUACGCCGAGUUCGUCAGGCGCAGCGUGGAGUACGCCAAGAAACGGCCCGUGGGAGACCCCUUUGACGUCAGGACGGAGCAAGGGCCCCAGAUUGAUCAAAAGCAGUUCGACAAAAUCCUUGAUCUGAUCGAGAGUGGGAAGAAGGAAGGAGCCAAGCUGGAGUGCGGAGGCUCCGCCAUGGAAGACAGAGGCCUCUUCAUCAAGCCCACUGUCUUCUCAGAAGUGACCGACACCAUGAGGAUUGCCAGAGAGGAGAUCUUUGGGCCGGUACAGCCAAUCCUGAAAUUUAAAAAUAUCGAAGAAGUGAUCAAAAGAGCAAAUAGCCUUGAAUAUGGGCUCACAGCUGCUGUGUUCACAAAAAACCUGGACAAAGCACUGAAGCUGGCUUCCGCCUUAGAGUCUGGAACUGUCUGGAUCAACUGCUACAAUGCCCUCUAUGCACAGGCCCCAUUUGGUGGAUUUAAAAUGUCGGGGAACGGCAGAGAACUGGGAGAAUAUGCGCUGGCUGAAUACACAGAGGUGAAAACUGUCACCAUCAAGCUGGGUGACAAGAGCCCCUGAGGGACAGGCAGGCCCUCCCUCUGAGACUGGACGGCUGACCGUGGCAGCUGAGACGUGCCCGCGAGGUGAUGGCAUGGGAGGCCUCCCUGGGAUCCUUCCUUCCGGAGACUUUAAAUCUACUGGAUUUGAACGACUUUUCUUUUCUUCCCGUUUUCUUGCCAAUAUUUGUGUCUGAGUUGCAGCUGGGGCAGGGUCGGUGGUGUGGCCGCCCCACUUUCUGCUUUCGCCUGGGCCCCAGGGGACAGUGAAGGGCUCAGGGUGUCGGCAGCAGGGAGCGAUAUUUGAAAUAUCUGCCGUGGCUUAAAAAUGCUUUACUGACCGACUCCAGUAAGAAUUUGGGGGAAACGUCCUGCAUGUUCUACAAAAGGCCCUGCAGCUGUGGCUUCCUCGGGGUUCCCUGCCCACGGGACAAGGCCCUCCUGUCGGUCCGUGGGAAAGAAUUAGCACUAAGUUAGGAAAGAACCAAAGCGGGGGUUGCCAGUAUCUCACUGGGGAGCCAUGGGAGCAGGUACUAAGGAAGGGUCCUGAGCCCUUGGGUGUGGACAGGCCUAGGUCCUGGGUCCUGGUCAAGGCAGCCCUUAACAUGGACCAACUUCAAGCCAGUUCUGCCCUUGGAAUAAAAUCCAACCCAUAGCCUGAAGGGUUCAUCUAAAAUGAAGCCGCAGUCGACCUGGGUCAAGGCACUCUCUCUCUUUGAGCGACGACCGCAGAGCGAAUCCUGGGACGGCUGAGUCUACCUGGACAAGUCACAGCCAUCUCGGGCUUCCACAAACUAGCUGCUCCACCGCCGCCUUCAGGCUUUAUGACCGGCGCAAGGAGUCUGCCUUAGUCCAGUUGUGUCAUGCAUUUUAGAUGAGUAAAGCAGGCACAGUGGGAAGACUGAUGUGUCAUCAGAGCCCUGCUAUCUCAAGUCCAUUUGAUCUUAAUGAUUCCUCAGCAGUAGCCCCUGGACUCCAGGGAGGAAGCCGUUCUCCCAAAGUAGGCUGGGCUACUGCUCUCAUGGGUUGCUGACUUUUCUUUUCCUCCUUGGGUCUCCAAAUGAUGUGCAAUUGUAUAUUGUAACUUGGAAAAUACAUGAUCUCCCUAAGUUUUACCAGAACACAAAACCCAAUUUAAAUUGUGUUAUUCGGAUACUUUUGCUAAUGCAAACAACUAGUACUUUUCAAAUGGUGCUUAAGUUGGAGAAUGAAAUGAUGUUCAAGAAAUUCCUUGGGGAGGGCAAUAAUAAAAUGAAGCUCCAUGUCAAAGCCGGCGUGUGUAAAAAGAAAGUCACAUACAAAUGGGGUUAUCAUUCUUGUCGGAAAUGAGCUCUGUCUUCUUUCCGUAGGUUGCUUAUGCUAUCUGUAACUCGUUCAAAUGGGAUUUGACUUCAUACACUGAAUUUUCAGGAUUUUAACUCAAGUUACUAUAGACAUUAAUCUUAAUAGCAGUACAUUAGAGUGUUCUCAUUCUUUCAUUGUACAAUAAUGCCUUUAAUAUGAAAUGCUACCUUAUUUAUAAUUGGUAUAGUUAAUGUAUCUUUUUAUAGUUGUAAGUACACAGAGGUGGUAUAUUUAACCUUCUGUAAUAUACUGUAUGUAGAAAUGGAAAUCUAUAUAGUAUUAGAUUUCACUUCCUUUAAGGUUUAUACCUGUGGUAUGGUUUAAAAAUCUACUGGCCCGGGAAUUCUGAUCCUAACUGCAGAUUGUGUUCAGCCUUGCAACAAUGAGCAAAUAAAACUGAAUA